AUGGCAGAUCUUCUUCAGAAGACUAAGGAGGAUCGAAAUUCAGCGCUACGACAAAAGGACAAAAUUUCCUGGCUCACCAUGGGAGUUGAAAACACCAAUUUCUUUCAUCAGUCCAUCAAGCACAGACAUAAAGCAAACACCAUCAAUACGUCUCAUCAACAUGAAUAUUGUUACAAGGGUCCAAUCCUCACAGCAGCCCAACAAAACCUUCUACCCUUGUCAUUCUCUAAGGCAGAAAUCAAAAAGGCUCUAUGGAGCAUCCCUGAGGAUAAAGCCCCGGCAUUAAUGGGUUCAAUAGUGGCUUCUACAAAGCUUAUUGGCCGAUGCAUCACCAAGCUUAUAUGUAGUAGAUUGAAGCCAGUCCUAGAGGCCAUCAUCAGCUCUAAUCAAAGCCCUUUUGUGGAAGGUCGCAGCAUUUUAUACAAUAUCCUCCUAUGCCAAGACGUGGUAAAACGCUAUGGAAGACGAAGUUGUAUGCCUAGUUGCCUCAUUUAA